AUGCUUGUGGAACCUGCACAAUCCGAGCCUCCUGGCUUCGAUUGUCCUACGUUCGAACUCGCGUCAGAUUUAGAAUCACCACAAACAGACGACGAACUCAACAUGGCCUCCGUGACAAUCAAAAUUGAUGAGGAACCGUCCGAUAGUGGAGCUUUUCUACAUCCUGAUAGUCAUGUUGCACGAAGAGAUUCAACUUCCCGGCGAAGUGUUAGACGCAACCGGGCUUCAUCUGCUGUGGCGGAAACGUUGAAUGUCCCCGAUCAAAUGGAUGCGAUACCUUCUGUAACUAGGAAUAUGAGGAAACUGAACAGUCUCGACAACGUCCUAAAGUGGUUUCAAGGUGACUCAAAGAAUAGCACUAAGAAAUCAAAAGAGCCGAAAGAGUAUGAGCCAGGAUUACGGUCGUUGAUUUAUAAUUUAAAUAAAAAAAUGGAGAAGGAGGAGAAGAACUUGCAGAAACGACAAAAAAAGGAGAAAAGUUAG